GCAAAGUGCCACAAACCCCCUGUGCAUCUCCCACACGGUCCAGGGUUUUCUUGGCUCUUCUGAUCUUGCCUGCCGUACUUUAAAGCGAGUCCUCGCGGAAGUACUGACGUGUACACAUUAGCCGAACCAGCACGAGAGGUAGUUAGGUAGAGCCGAGAGUGACACAGCGGCAGAAUCAGACAGAAUGUCAGAAGGGGACAGUGUUGGUGAAUCAAUCCAUGGGAAACCAUCCACAAUCGGAAGCUUCUUCACACGGGUUGGACAGAUCUAUCAGUCAUGGCUAGACAGGUCGACGCCGUUCUCCAUAGGGCGAUGGGGAGUCACUCUUUCGCUAACGGCCAUCUACAUGAUCAGAGUGUACAUAUUACAGGGUUGGUAUAUUGUAACAUACGCUCUGGGAAUCUACCAUCUCAACCUGUUCAUCGCUUUUCUAUCACCAAAAGUGGAUCCAUCAAUGCUUGACGAAGAUGAGGGCCCGGCGCUCCCCACCAAGCAGAACGAGGAGUUCCGUCCGUUCAUCAGGAGGUUGCCUGAGUUCAAAUUCUGGCAUUCGGCAACAAAAGGCAUCGUCAUCGCCAUGAUUUGCACGUUCUUUGAAGCCUUCAAUGUGCCAGUGUUCUGGCCCAUACUUGUAAUGUACUUCAUCAUGCUUUUCUGUAUCACCAUGAAGAGGCAGAUCAAGCAUAUGGUCAAGUACAGAUACCUCCCCUUCACACAUGGGAAGAGGACUUACAGAGGCAAGGAAGAAACCGGGAAACCUUUUGCUAGUUAAAAUCAAACCCUCCCCCUUAACCCCCCCCAUUGAGAAUUAAAAGUUAUGGAAAAAUAGUAUAUGUGGGUAAAAGGGGUCAGUGAUUGUCUGAGGGGGGGAAAAAAGAUACAAUAAAUAGUUUUGAUCCAAAAUGUUGACAGUAUUGGAUGGUAGUAGUGCUGAGGAUUGACAUAAUCACAAGAGAACACGCUGCCUUUGGUUAUUAUGGGGAGUCAUCUCUCAGCCGCGGGAUGAAACGCAGUGCCGCCCUUUGCCUUGUAACCCCAUGGGGUAAGUAUGAACUCUGCUAGAGGGGGCGCCACUGGACGGAUUGCAGGAAAAAUUCAGUUGUGGAUUCUUAAUGACGCUCCAUUUCUAACUGCUCUGUCUUCAAGUGAAAUACAACUACUUUUGAUUAAAGACAUGGUACCUACUCGUUUAUAACGUGUAAUUGUGGGAAGUCCUUAGGUUUAGAAUGAAAUAACCUGAUUAGAUGUACUUUUUUAUUUUAUUGACGUAAAUAUGAAAGAUUUAAAUUGAUGUGGGUCUAUGAUCAAGUGUACUUCUGCACUGUCUUGAGACUCACACCAGAAAUGUUCCUUUAUGUAAAGCAGUUCAUUUUUAGUGACUGGUUACCCUUCAGUUGAACACGAAUUCACUACAUACAAUACCUAUUCAGAACCAUAAUCCAACCAUCUAUUGAUGGCACAAGCAGUGAUUUAGGUAUAGGAGAUUGGUUCGAUAACAAGUUAGCGAAGAGUGAAAAUCACUGCAUGGCUAGGACAGAGUUGGUGUACUUUCCAGAGAAUAUCAUCAUGGAGAAAUAUGAAAUGUCAUGUUUUGUACAACAUUAUGUACAGAGAGGUUUAAGAAAGCCCAGUUCAAGUUGUGUGGCUGCUAAAAAGAAAAAAGUAUUAUUAAUUUGUUACUGUUUUUCCCUCCGUAGCCAUAGAAUCCUUUUUGUGUUUAUUCCCUCUGCUUUCCCGUCAUGUCAAAAAUACGAUUUGUUGUACAGUUGAAGAGGACAGUAACUCAUUCAGCACUACUUCAGAUUUAUGCUUUGCGCCCCCUGUGAAUAUAUUUUUUGGGGGUUCAGAUUUCUUAAAAUGUACAUCAGUAUCAUACCCGUAUUCAAAUUAUUCUUUCCUUACAAAAACGUUAUUCCCUGAAAGACCAUAUCCUUUGAACAAGCAGUUUAGGCAACUGUUUACAAACUGGGGUAUAUUCCAUUCAAAUCUAGUAGCUUGAUACUCACAUUCUGUAUUUUUCUUUUGACAAAUGUGGUAAUGGUCUAUAAUCAUUCCAAACAAAAAUAUUUUAUCUUGUUUUGCAGAGGACACAUAAGAAAAGUGAGAUUGAGAGCUUUUAAUGUAACAAAUGAAUGAAGGGGGUAUGCCGGGGAUCUUAUGAAAAGUGGCGGUAGUAUUUUUGGUAACCAGAGACAUUUUGGAAAACCUUUGAUCAGCAAUAGGGAAGGAAAAAAAUUAUAAAAAUAAAAAAUCCUGUCAAAGUACAUAGUGUUUCUAAGGGUUUAUAUCUAUUUUAAAGAUUACAUUUGUUUUGAGAUUUAUUUAACUUUUUUUUUUUUUUUCAAACAACUGUUAAACAAGUGUUCCAAGUCAUCGUAUGUCAUUUAAAAAAAAAAAAAAAUAAACGAGUAAAAUUGAUUUCUAGAUUUAUAAACUUUCUCAUGAAAGAGAUUGCAUGUUCUUGGUUGCUCUUGUGCUGCAAUUAUAAACAAAAAAAAGAUUUUAAUAACUUUUAAGUGUCAUUUUUUUCACUCCAAAUGCUAUUAAAGAGACUGUGUCCCUUCAAUUUA